CCUUGCGAAAGAGCCAGACUCAUCCAGGGUUACCACGGUAAAAGCGAGCGUUUGAGCGAGCCCUUGCGAGUGUGUUGUGACAUGGCAAACAGAGGCGGAGCCACGCGACCCAAUGGUCCCAACGCGGCUAAUAAGAUCUGCCAGUUCAAGCUGGUGCUUCUUGGGGAGUCUGCGGUGGGGAAGUCCAGCCUGGUGCUGCGCUUCGUCAAGGGCCAGUUCCACGAGUUCCAGGAGAGCACCAUCGGAGCUGCCUUCCUGACUCAGACAGUAUGUUUGGAUGACACAACGGUGAAGUUUGAGAUCUGGGAUACAGCCGGCCAGGAGCGCUACCACAGCCUGGCCCCCAUGUACUACCGUGGAGCACAGGCCGCCAUCGUUGUCUACGACAUCACCAACGAAGAGUCGUUUGUGCGGGCAAAGAACUGGGUGAAGGAGCUCCAGAGACAGGCCAGUCCCAACAUUGUAAUAGCCCUGGCUGGAAACAAGGCCGACCUUGCCAACAAAAGAACCCUGGACUUCCAGGAUGCCCAAUCGUAUGCAGAUGACAACAGCCUGCUCUUCAUGGAGACUUCAGCGAAGACGUCAAUGAACGUGAACGAGAUCUUCAUGGCCAUUGCUAAGAAGCUUCCCAAGAGCGAACCACAGGCGGGCGGAGCCAAUAGUGGGCGGAACCGAGGGGUGGACCUAACGGAAACCGCGCAGCCCGCCGGCCGCACCUGCUGCAGUACCUAGGCACCGCCCCUGUUCCCACUCUGACCCCAACCCCUCCCAAACACACACACACCUUCCUGCCCCGCCCCGCCCCACUCCAAGCAAGUCAACGUACGGAACAACAUCUGGAUUUUGGGCUUUUCUCCUUUCCUGCCAUCGGAUCUGACCCCAACCAACACCCCUCCCCCAGAAUAGCUAAAGACUCUGUAUAGCUGCGUUUCUAAUACUUUCUUUUGUUGGUCUUUUUUUUUUUUUUUUACUUUUGUUUUAAAAAAUGGUGUAUAUCAGUAUAAUAAUGGAUGCAUGUAUCACUACACAACCCUAAAAGAGACACACACACACACGCACACACACACAAACACACACAUUGAAAAGAAUAUAUAUUUUAAUCAGUUGGAAGACUAAUCCCUUACUUUCGAGCGAGAAUCUGAAGUAUAAAAAGGUGGGUGUGAUUGUUCAUGUUUUGUGUGUAUGCUAACAUUUUAAGUGUAACAGGGUUACGUGGACGGAGUUUGAACGAGGUUUCCUCAGAUACAUUCUGUAUGUGUGGGCGUUUUAAGUAGUUUUUUCCCCACCUGAUAAAAAAUAAAUAAAUAAUAAAUAUUUCCUAAAAAAAAAAAAAGAUCUGGCAGCUGAUAGUCGUGUUAAAAACUGUCACACAGCACGCCACUACUUGGAAUAAGAGGAUUUUCCCCUCCGCUUUCAGACGCUGACCAACAUGCUAUGCGCCUGUGUAUAACAUGAGGACAAGCACACCUUCUGAAAAUGCUAAACUGGGGUUCCCUUGCCCCUGGGCCAUGUCACAGACUGCUCAAUAAAAUGUUAUGACUAGUUGAUAUCACUCCACCAUUGAUGUAAAUAUGACUAAAGUUACGCUAAACUAAGAAAUUGAUUAGGUUACUUCAUGAACGGUAACCAUAAGUUUGUAAUGGGGAAAAAAAAAUCCUGUGAAUUAUUUCUAGUUCAGUUGGUAGACUCACAUAAAAGGGCAAUUUCUUCUGUGGGCCCUUAUGUAGCUGGCUGACAGGAUUCCUGAGUUUAUCUGUGGUUGGGGAAACCCUUUCUUGACUUUUGAUUGGUCAAGGGUUGGCUCCUGUAACAUCACAGCAGCGUAGAGCUGAGUAUUGGUUGGUGUUGGAGAUUGUCAUUGAAAAUCAUAUACUUCCUAGCUCUGUGUUUGAUGACCUGUUUCAAGUGGUAGUGUUGGUUUCAGCUAGCAUAAAUGAUGGGUGGUUUAUAUUUCAAUCCGGACAAUACACUGACAACAAAAACAACCAUCUCAUGGCUGCAGAAAAAUUAUACUCAUGAUUUUGAGGUGUAAUGGUGGCUACCAUUUCACAAUUAAUCAGGAUGCAUCCACACAAGUGUACAGUUAAUUAAUACUAUGUUUCCUCCCCCCCCCCCCCCCCUGUUGUUUUCACCUUGUCAUAAACUGGUCAACUGGUAAACAUUUUUGGUAUAUGUAAUGUUACUAACAUUUUCACCCCCACCCCAGCCCCACUCCUGGUGUCUUGUUACUUUUUUCUCAAAUGUCUUGAGGAACUUUUAUUGUGUUGCACAACAACUGUUGAUCGUGUUGCCGUGAGGGACGGCUCUCCUUCAAUUUUAUACGACGGACCGUAUUGGACUUUGCUAACGUACAGCUAGCGGGCUGCUAGCAGAUUUAACCCGACAGACGGUUGGCUGUUACAGCUCAAUGAAUUUUAAUGAUGUACAACAGCAUUACUAGUGAUGGGCUAAUCAGUUUCAGUGUCUGGAGAAACAAAAAAAUGUUAAUAAACUCAAUAAAUUAGG